UUGAACAGACUUCCCCGAAUACAACUUUUCUCGACUUCUCUUUCUCUCGAAUUCAUCAUCUUUACUCGAAUAAAAUAGAAGUUUGACGUUAUUCCGUAGAAUACGUAUAUACGUAAUGGCAAAUGUAAAGAACGAAGUGAAAACUGCAUUGGUGUUGCUCGCUGAUGGAACGGAGGAAAUGGAGGCUGUGAUAACUAUCGACGUUUUACGGCGCGCCGGAAUCACAGUUAUUGCAGCUGGUGUACAGGACAGCAAAUACGUGAAAUGCAGCCGCGACGUCAAGAUCUGCACAGAUGUUCCAUUUAGGGAUGCUCAGGAGAAGAGUUACGAUGUUGUUGUUUUGCCUGGUGGUCUCGGUGGAGCUAAGACAUUUACAUCUUCGGAGGAAGUUGGGAGAUUGUUACAAAAGCAGGACAAGGAGAACAAAUUAAUAGCAGCUAUCUGUGCAGCUCCUACAGCUUUAAAAAUGCAUAAUAUUGGCAAAGGAAAACGAAUCACCUCUUACCCAAGUAUGAAAAGAGAUCUGUGCGAUUACUAUGACUAUCAGGAUGAUAAGAACGUUGUAAUUGAUGGCAAUCUCAUAACUAGCCGAGGACCAGGAACGGCUUUUGAUUUCGGACUAACUAUUGUUGAGAUAUUAAUAAAUCUUAAAGAAGCUACGGAUGUCGCGAAUAAGUUACUAUAUAAAUACGAAAGCUGUAUAAAUGUUGUGUAAAUUUCUUCAGACACUUUGUAGUUAUGACUAUAAAGUGUUGGUGUGUAAGUUUGGUGCUUUCUAGCAAUAAAUAAAACACAGUGUUACUGUGUCGCACUAUGUACAGUCAUACACAUACUCUGUGCACAAUAUUGAAUGUUGCUUAGCUUUUUUAUUUCACCAUCACAGUGAAAUAAAAAGGUUUCGUACAUUUAUAUCCGAAUAUAUCCGAGUAUAAUCUUAAAACCUCUUAUUAGAGUAUCACUUUUAGAAAAAUAAGUGAUAAUAAAAUGUAAAAAUUUGAUAUUCGUGAAAUGAUAAUAAAAUAGUCGAACACAAUAUUUUAAUAGCGUAUGCUCGUAUCGAUUUGUUUGUAUCACAAUUGGAAAGUACAUAAUCGUACAUGUGUUGCCUGUGUUCAUUGCUAGAAAGCAGAAAAAUUUAUAUGCUCUAAACGCACAUACAAAUUAAAAAUGUAGUUGUUACAUUUAAAUAAGAAAUUAUAUGUAAUAUAUGUAAUAUAUACAAUUAUAUGUAAUAUAUGCAUGAUAUAAUUAAAUAUAUGUACUAAAUAAAAUGUACUAAAGCAAAACA